AUGCGAUUAUCUAUCCUUCUCUUCUUUCUCAGCAUCUCACACAUUCAUUCAAUCGAUUAUGACAUCGACAAUGAACAAAUGUGCAUUCAGACUCCAUUCGUAGCUGAUUUUCGUUGUAAUUGUACUCGUGCACGAUUCACAUCCGAUGUUCAGGUACCAAACAACAAUAGUAUGUUACUUCUCAAUUUCAUUUUUCAACCACAAUUUAACACUUCGAACAAUGGCAGCUCUACUGAGAUGACGCAGAAUGUAAACGUAUUCUUGACAUUCAUUCAAUCGUCUACACUUGCUCAAACGAUUUAUUUAACAUUUUUCUCGCUAAAUAAAACAGUACUAUCAGUGAACAGUAAUACAACGUUAGCAUUCAACGCACUGACAUUCUAUGCUUAUGUUUUCAAUACAUCUUCGAAUGAUAUUCGCAUGUGGAAAGAUCCAGUUACGCUCGGUGAGCCGCGACUGUGCUUUAUGAGAAAUUCAAGUUUUCCGCCUGCUGGACUUACUCGGGCUUAUUAUUUCAAUACCAAUGAAACGAAUUUAACUAUUGAUUUAACAAAAUCAAGUUAUCGCAUCGCACCGUUAUUCAUAAGCUUUGAAAUCUGUUUUGAAACGAUAAGCACGCUGUCAUCAGGUGGCAUUGUUUUCAUCGUUCUCGUCGUUGUAUUUAGUGCUAUCACAAUUCUUCUUCUAGUUAUUUGUCUGUGGAAACAAAUCAAAGAAUUACUUUAUAUUAUACGCAAUUGGAUUAACAAAAAGACUGGAAAAGGCGUGAAAAUAAUAGAUACACGUUAA